AUGGGGAGAAUAAUGAUCUUGUUUGUUGCUACGUUAGGUCAUGGUUCAAGCAAAGAAGGUAGGGAUGCAGUGGUAAUUGGUGACAUGGACAUAUUGAGGCUAAUGGUCUAUGUGCAGCAAGUUGAAAAGGAAAUUUUGGGGAACAAAGAAGAGUACAGAAAAAAGAAGGCCAAGACUGGGAAUGAGUUUGGGCAACAAAAACAUUGUACUGUGGCAAAAGGAGGGAGUUGGGAUCCUUCAUGUGCUAAGUGUGAUAGAAACCACCCCGGUAGAUAUCGUGAUGGCCAGACAGGUUGCUUCAAAUGUGGUCAAGAGGGUCACUUCAUGAGAGAGUGCCCUAAGAAUAAGCAAGGGGGUGGAAAUGCGGGCAAUAGAGCUCAAUUUUCAUCAGUUGCUCCACCAUAUAGGGCUGUACCUAGAUGA